UUAUUUUGUUUUAUUGCUUGUGAUUUAGUUUUAUUUGUAAAAUGAUAAUGAAUUUAAUUUGAUUUGAUUUUAACAAUGGCACAGCUGAAUAAUGAAAUAUUAGAUUCACAACUAUUGGCUGAACAUGUAACCUUUUUAAAUAAUUGUUUCGAUACUUCAUUUUCUUUACACAAUUCAUUGAAUAUCGUUAAAGAUUAUGUUUCUGAGGAAAACCAUAUUUUAUCUGGUUCAAGAUCAAGUAAAAUAUCACUAUGUGACAAAAUCAAUACAUCAUUGCGAAAUAAAACAAUGGAUAACUCCAACUGUAGCAAUAUUGGAACACCGAAAAAUUCCAAAAUAAUGAGUAAAAAGUUGCAAGACUGGGGACUGCUUGAAAUAACAAGAAAAUAUGAAGAAAGAGGCAUAACAGAGAUGUUUGACCGGCAAGCAUCCCUGGUUUAAAGCAAUUCAAAAGUGCUAUUAGAUGGAUGUAACUUGGUGUACUCCGCUCCUACAUCUGCGGGAAAAACUUUAGUUGCUGAAAUACUCACAAUAAAAACUAUACUUGAACGGCGAAAAAAGGUUAUUAUUAUCUUACCCUUUGUGUCUAUAGUUAGAGAAAAAAUGUUUUAUUUGCAAGAUAUAUUGUCCAGUUGUGGAAUAAGAGUUGAGGGUUUCAUGGGCUCCCAAGCUCCACCAGGCGGUUUUCAGGCAGUCCACCUAGCUAUUUGUACUAUAGAGAAAGCUAACAGCUUGAUAAAUAAACUUUUAGAUGAAGGUAGUAUAUCAGAGCUGGGUGCAAUUAUUGUUGAUGAGUUACACCUGCUUGGAGAUUCUCAUAGAGGAUACAUAUUAGAACUGUUACUUACUAAAAUUAAAUAUAUAACUUCCAAGUCAGAUUUUCAAACUCAGAUUGUUGGCAUGUCUGCUACUCUACCGAAUUUGGAGUUAUUGGCCCAAUGGUUGGGUGCAGAGUUAUUUGUUACUGAUUAUAGACCUAUUCCUCUAGAUGAGUUCUGUUUAGUAGGCAACAAAUAUUAUGAUAAGGACAGGAAUGUUAUUAAUGUUGUUAACAGUUUUAAUAAUUUGUGUGUUGAAAAUGAUAAUGUAUUAAACAUUUGCUUAGAUACAAUCAAGGAAGGUUGUUCCAUUCUUAUCUUUUGCUUGACCAAGAAUAGAUGUGAAAACUUAGCACAAACUAUACUCAUCAUCAUUUUUAAUAAACUUGGAUGUGCGGGCGGUGAAAUGGGUUGUAUAUUGAGAAAGCAAUUAAGUGUAGAAUGCAUUACAGAAGUGCUGGAACAACUUAAGAACUGUCCGGUAGGAUUAGAUGAUUUUUUAAAAAGAACAAUAUCAUUUGGAGUUGCAUAUCAUCAUGCUGGACUGACAUUUGAUGAAAGAGAUAUUAUUGAAGGUGGUUUUAAAUCUGGGGCGAUAAGAGUUUUAGUUGCUACAUCAACAUUGAGUUCUGGUGUCAAUUUACCUGCCAGAAAGGUAAUAAUCAGGUCACCAGUUUUUCAAAGGCAACCUAUUAACAUACUGAGUUAUAAACAAAUGGUUGGUAGAGCUGGUAGAAUGGGCAAGGACACAAAAGGUGAAAGUAUACUUGUCUGUAGUGAGGCAGAGAAGCAAAUUGGGUUUGAUUUGAUGACAGGUGAAUUAGAACCCGUGAGGAGUUGUAUAGAAAGUGAAGAUAAAUUUAUGAGAGCGGUUCUAGAGAUGAUAGCAAGUCAAGUGGUUUGCACAAAAGAGGAAUUAGAUCUAUAUGCCAAAUGUACUUUAUUAUACAACCAGCAGGAUGCUACCUCAUCAAAGAAUUUUCUUCUUGAAAACACUCUGGAUGAAUUGAUAAACUUUGAACUGAUAAGAUGUCAGGAUGAAGAGGAUGUAAAACAUUAUGUUGCAACACCUUUGGGUAAAGCCUGCCUUUCAUCAUCAAUGGCACCGAAUGAUGGUCUGUCACUGUUUUGUGAGCUACAAAAGGCCCGACAGUGUCUAGUGCUAGAAACAGAUCUUCAUUUAAUUUACUUAGUGACUCCGUACAGUGUCAGCAGCCAAUGGAGUAAUAUUGAUUGGUUGCACUUGUUGACAUUGUGGGAAUCUUUGACAAAAGCUAUGAAAAGGGUGGGAGAGCUGGUGGGAGUACAGGAGAGUUUUAUUAUACGUAAUUUAAGAGGAGGCAAUAAAAUCAAGAGUGAUCAAAAUAAAUUAAACAUACAUAAAAGAUUUUACACAGCCUUGGCUUUACAAGAUCUAGUGAAUGAAGUACCACUAUCUGAGGUUGCAGUAAAAUUUCAAUGUGCUCGAGGAUUUUUACAAAGUCUUCAGCAGGCAGCAGCUACUUUUGCAGGUAUGGUGACAGCUUUUUGUCGGCAAUUGGGUUGGAAAAACAUGGAAAUGUUAAUAUCACAAUUUCAGGACCGUUUACAUUUCGGUAUUCACUCUGAAUUACUCGAGUUGAUGGGGCUGCCGUCUUUAAACGGCAAAAGGGCGCGUACCUUAUUUGAUGCGGGCUAUGAAACAAUCUCUAGUAUUGCUUUAGCUGAUAUAAAUGUAAUUGAAAAUGUAUUACUUAAAUCUGUUCCGUUUGAAAGCGAGAAAGAGAGAGAAGGUGAUGACGAUAGUGAAGUAAAAAAACGUAACAAAAUAAAAAACAUCUGGGUGACUGGUUAUUGUGGAAUGACUGCAAAGGAAGCCGCUUUAAACCUUAUUGUUGAAGCUAGAAAUUAUUUAGAAAAAGAAAUUGGUGUUAGCAAUAUUAAGUGGACUAAUGAAAUAAAUUGUACACAAAUUCCGCUAGGUGUAAAUGAAAUAAAUGAACUGAAUGAGGAAAAAUCAGAUGAUAAAAUGAUUCCCAAAGUUUAUAGAAAUUGUUCAAUUAUAGAAAAUGAAGAAUCAAAUAUUUUGCCAAACAAAUCUAGUCAAAGCAAUAAUGUUAAUGAAGUACUUUGUGGUUCCUCUAAACACCCUAUUGGAAAAAAUCCGAAUAAUUAUUCCCUACUUGAACACAAGCCUCCAAAAGACAAAAAUGUACUUGAGAAUUUAAAUAAUGAAAUAUUGGAAAUGAAAUGUACUCCUACCCUUGAAAAUAUUAGAAACUGUGAUAGUAAAAGCCAAUGUUCCGAAAAAGAUGAUAUUAUAUGGGAUUCUUUAAACCUUACUGAGGCGGCUCUUGAAAAUAUUACAAAACUACGUACGAAUACAAUGUUUUCGCCGAAUAUAAGUUUCGGUGAGACAGAUGAUAAAACUGAAGCUUCUGAGAAUCAGGUCGAUAGUACCGACAAAAUAACCCCAUCUAAGAGUACGUCUACCAAAGAUGUGAGUUUGUUUUCCUCCGAUGGCGAUACUUCUAGCAUUUUCAACGAUAGUCUGCCAAUAGAUUUAAUUCCUAGUAAAUUGCUUGAUAAUAAAAACAAUUUACCUAUCAACCAUCAAAUUGCUUUGGAUUUGGAAGUUAUUAAUUCUGAAUCCAUUCUUAACGCUUUUAAAUCUACGUUAGUCCCAGUUGACGAUGAUGAAGAUAUUAAAUUAGUUUAUGAAGAAGAUGACGAUGAAAAUAAAGAAACCAAUAAAUGUUUAAACGUGUCUGAUGAUAUCGAAGUAAUAGAGACACAGGACAUAAAUUUAACUGUAAAAGAAAAUCAUUUUAAAAGCCCUUUUAAACGUCCACCUCAAAAUCCUAAAAACACUACUCAACCAGUUUCAAAGAAGAAGAAAACUGAUAGAUUACAAACAGUGAGAAGAAUGAAAUGUCCAUUAUUUAAAAUAGUUACAAAUUUUGAAAAAUCAAAGAAAUAUACUAUAGGGAUAAGUACAUAUAAAUUAAAUUUUUUAUUAAAAGAAAAUGAUAUUUACGAUAAUAUACAUGUGAUUGAAAAUCUUAAAAGAGCAUCGAUUUAUUUAAAUGUUAAAAGUUCUGUUUUACCGUCAAAUGAAAUUAUAGGGAGAAGCAUAUUGAACUUCAAACCUCAUCUAGAAGACUUAAACCCAUGUGCCAUACAAGGCAUAGCUGUUUAUUUUGAACCAAUGACGUGCUUGUACUUUGACUUGCGAGGACUUGAGGGUGAUAUUUCUGUAUUUAAGAAAAGAUUGUCAUCGUGGUUACGUAAAGAUAUUACGUUGAAAUUGUUAUCACUAAAAACUUUAAAUUUUCACAUAAAAAGGUGGCUCGGUGUCGAUAUACAGGCCCUUUGCGUGGAUAUUUCGCUUUCUGAGUGGUUAAUAGAUAGCGAUGAAAAGAUACCAAAUAUUGCGUAUUUAAUGAAGAAAUACUGCAAAAUAGACUUAUCCACAAUUUCAGUAAAGAUAGACAAUCGACAAAAGAAAUUCAGGAACUUAGAUGUAUUUGAAGACAUGUGUAUAAAAGGAUGGUCGGUGGGAAUGAUUGCAGACCAACAAGAACAAUAUUUGCGUAAUCAUCUUCAGCAAAUGAUUGAUAUCGAAAUUCAAGUUUCAAAGAUUCUCGCCAACUGCGAGCAUCACGGUAUCACGGUGGAUAAAGAUCUCACGUCUAGACUUUUGAUUGAUGUAAGAAAUUCGCAGGAAAUUCUGCAAAAGAAGGCAUUUAAACUGUGCGGGUAUCAUUUUAACUUUAAUUCAUCAAAAGAUGUUGCUAAGGUUUUAGGUAUAAACAACGGUAUUCGUAAAGUGAGACGAAAAAGUGUAUUAACGUCGCAUCACAGUCCCAUGGCGAGCAUUGUUAUAUUGAGGAAACUCAAUUCAAUUCUGACCAAAACACUAUAUCCGUUAACUGAGAAGGCGUGUAUAUACACCGAAGGGGAUAGAAUAAAUCCUUCGUAUACAAUGCACACCUGCACCGGCAGGAUCAGCAUGCAUGAGCCAAACCUGCAGAAUGUUCCGCGGACAUUCUCUAUUCCACUGCAUUACCUCAGCCUGAACCAGGUCACGAGCGAAGACCUAAUGGAGUUCAACUGUAGGAACAUAUUCAAGGCAGCGCCAGGUCACGUGAUGGUGUCCGCUGAUUACUGUCAGCUGGAAAUGAGGGUGCUGACGCAUUUCAGCGAAGACCCUGUACUGAUGAGAAUUAUGAAGUCGGAUGUCGACGUGUUCAAAUCUAUAGCGUCUUCGUGGAGCAAUUUGCCGGAAGAGGAGGUGGACGACGAUCUCCGUCAAAAGGCGAAGCAACUUUGUUACGGAAUCUUGUACGGAAUGGGCAAUAAAACAUUAGCUCAGUAUCUCGACGUGUCGGAGAUGGAGGCCGCCGCGUUUAUGGACUCCUUUUAUAAUACUUACCCGGCUGUGAGGAGGUUCACGCAAUCAGUCAUCGACGACUGCCGGAGCAAAGGUUACGUGGAAACGCUCACCAAAAGGAGGCGGUACCUGCCCCACAUCAACAGUAAUGUGCUGUAUAAAAAAGGAGCUGCAGAACGUCAAGCAGUGAACACGACUAUUCAAGGGUCAGCCGCGGAUAUCGCCAAAGCAGCCAUGUGCGCUAUAGACACUAAAACUAGCGGCAGCUCACAACCACGCCUCAUCUUGCAAAUGCACGAUGAAUUAAUCUACGAAGUGCUCGAGUCGAACAAGAACUCUUUCAUAGCCGUGUUGAAACAGGUGAUGGAAGAAACGGUCAAGUUGAGAGUUCCGCUGCCGGUCAAAGUGAAGACCGGCCCGACGUGGGGUGAUCUGGAAGAAGUCCGAAUCAUCUAAACAUGUUUGAUAAUAUGUCUGAAAAGUCUGUGAUAUCAUUUGCUUGUGAUAUUUUCAAUUAUGUAAGUUAAAUAAAUGGAAUGCUUCCCUAA